CCGGCGGCGCGGGGGGAGGGGGCCUGGUCCGGGAGUGCGGGAGGCUGUGGUAGAGGGAGGUGGUGGCAGCGACUAGCGGACUGGAGUCACCACCUGGCCGAGGCAGGAUCUCUGUGGAGCGAGGUAGUAGGAGCAUCGAGCACCGGAGGCGGCACCGGGAUCCCCGGCUCAGGGAAGGGGGGCGCCGGACCGGGAGGAGGGGAGGGGGCGAUGCUGGAAGCCAUGGCGGAGCCCAGUCCCGAAGAUCCACCUCCGACCCUUAAGCCAGAGACUCAGCCACCAGAGAAACGUAGAAGAACAAUUGAGGAUUUCAACAAAUUCUGCAGUUUUGUCUUGGCGUAUGCUGGUUAUAUCCCCCCUAGCAAAGAGGAAAGUGACUGGCCAGCCUCUGGCUCCAGCUCUCCAUUGCGCGGUGAGAGUGCUGCAGACAGUGAUGGCUGGGAUUCAGCCCCCUCAGAUCUCCGAACCAUCCAGACCUUUGUUAAGAAAGCAAAGUCAUCUAAGAGAAGGGCGGCUCAGACUGGUCCUACCCAGCCAGGACCCCCAAGGUCCACUUUCUCACGUCUGCAGACACCUGACAGUGCCACCCUACUUGAGAAGAUGAAGCUCAAGGACUCUCUCUUUGAUCUAGAUGGACCUAAAAUGACAUCUCCACUAUCCCCCUCAUCUCUGACACAUGCGUCCCGUCCCCCUGCUUCUCUUACCCCAGUGCCCCUUUCCCAGGGAGACCUCUCCCAGCCUCCUCGAAAGAAGGACAGAAAGAACCGAAAGUUGGGGCCAGGAGGGGGAACUGGCUUUGGGGUUCUUCGGAGGCCUCGACCAGCCCCUGGGGAUGGGGAAAAGAGGUCUCGAAUCAAGAAGAGCAAGAAGCGGAAGUUGAAAAAGGCAGAUCGGGGAGAUAGACUCCCACCUCCUGGGCCUCCACGGGCGCCUCCCAGUGAUACAGACUCUGAAGAGGAGGAGGAGGAGGAGGAAGAGGAGGAGGAGGAGGAGGAAGAAAUGGCAGCAGUUGUAGGCAGUGAAGCCCCAGUUCCUGUGCUGCCUAUACCACCUGAGGCUCCUAGAACCGCUGCCACCGUCCACCCUGAAGGAGUCCCCCCCACUGACGGUGAAAACAAGGAGGUAGGCAGCACUGAAACAAGCCAAGAUGGAGAUGCCAGCUCCAGUGAAGGAGAGAUGCGGGUAAUGGAUGAGGACAUCAUGGUAGAAUCAGGUGAUGACUCAUGGGAUCUCAUCACGUGUUACUGCCGAAAGCCCUUUGCAGGGAGGCCAAUGAUUGAGUGCAGCCUUUGUGGAACGUGGAUCCACCUCUCCUGUGCUAAGAUUAAGAAGACCAAUGUCCCUGACUUCUUUUACUGCCAGAAAUGCAAGGAACUGCGGCCAGAGGCCCGGCGGUUAGGAGGGCUUCCCAAAUCAGGAGAACCCUGACAUUGCCAUCUCUAGGCUGCAACGUCCAGAUGACAACAUAACUUGGGAAAUGUUCCUCAGGGUCCUCAGUCUUAUCCCCUGGAGCUUGGAUUUGUUCCAUUUCAAGGCAGGAAUUCCCAAGGAAGACUUGUUUGGAAAUGAGUAUUUCAUGUUCCUUUUCUACCCUCCCUCCCCACCUUGUGGACUCGAACUUGGAUCCAUUACAGUUGGAGGUGGAAGGCUGUUUGGGUCCCUAGACACUUAAUAUCUGUCCCUCAUAUUUGCCACCCCUCACUCUCUGGGCCAAGGUUGGAACUGGGAUGGAAUGAAACAGUUGUCUAUAAAACUAGUGUAAAUAUAGCAUUCCCCUCCUUCAUCUUCUAUCUCACUACCCGUUUAUUCUACACCGGUUGUAUUUUUAAUUUUGGAUUUCCCCUCUUGGGUAUGGCAGCUCAGAGGUAGCAUUACCAGCCAGAGCCCAUCUGAGGGAGGAAAGGAAACAGAAAGGUGAUGAUUCCCUCACCCUUUGUUUUUAAAAUAAUACUGGCCAGGUCUUUGUACAGACAGCCUGCGUGUUGUAAAUAAAAGAGUGGGCUCUUUGUGUUUAUA